CCCAGCAUGUGUGUCAGUUUUUUCAUUGUGUGUGUUUGUAUACCUGUAUGUUUGUCUCAUUGUUUGUGUGUGCACCUGUGUAUCUGUAUGUGUGUGCAUGUGUAUCGGUAUGUGUAUUAGUGUGCGCAUUUGUGUAUCUGUAUGUGUUGGUGUGUGCAUCUUCGUGUCUGUGUAUAUGUAUGUGUGUAUCUGCAUGUCUGUAUGUGUGUUAGUGUGUGCUUCUGUGUGUCUUUGUAUCUGUAUGUGUGUUAGUGUGUGCAUUUGCGUGUGUGUAUGUAUGUGUGUUAAUAGGUGUAUCUUUGUGUCUGUCUGUAUAUGUGUGUGUGUAAGUGUGUCUGUAUUUGUGUUAAUGUGUGUAUCUGUGUGGUUGUAUGUGUGUGUGUUAAUGUGUUAGUGUAUCUUUGUGGCUGUGUGUGUAUCUUUGUGGGUGUGUGUGUGUGUUACUGUGUGUGUAUCUUUGUGGCUGUGUGUGUGUGUUAAUGUGUGUGUGUCUGUAUGUGUGUAUCUUUGUGUCUGUAUGUGUGUAUCUUUGUGUCUGUAUCUUUGUGGCUGUGUGUGUGUUAAUGUUUGUGUGUGUCUGUAUGUGUGUAUCUUUGUGUCUGUAUGUGUGUGUUAAUGUGUGUGUGUGUCUGUAUGUGUGUAUCUUUGUGUCUGUAUGUGUGUGUGAGUUAAUGUGUGUGUAUCUUUGUGGCUGUGUGUGUGUUAAUGUGUCUGUAUGUGUGUGUGUUAAUGUGUGUGUAUCUUUGUGGCUGUGUGUGUGUUAAUGUGUCUGUAUGUGUGUGUGUUAAUGUGUGUGUAUCUUUGUGGCUGUGUGUGUGUUAAUGUGUCUGUAUGUGUGUGUGUUAAUGUGUGUGUAUCUUUGUGGCUGUGUGUGUGUUAAUGUGUCUGUAUGUGUGUGUGUGUGUGUUAAUGUGUCAGUGUAUCUGCAUUAAUAUUAUCAGUUGUUGGUUCCGCCACUAGGUCUCGGUGAUGGUCAUUCAGUCGGUCUGUCACAGUCUCGGUUUAGCGGUCUCAGUCUGUGUCCGCCAGUCGUUCUUGGCAGUCAGUCAGUGGGUGUCAGUCUCUCCCCUCCCCCGGUGCAUGCCGGGUAGUGGUGCCGGUGCUUGGCGCGGUGCAUGCCGGGUAGUGGUGCCGGUGCUUGGCGCGGUGCAUGCUGGGUAGUGGUGCCGGUGCUCGGGGCUCUGCCCGCCCGGGAGAUGCUACGGGACAAGCGGCGACGUCAGGAACUGAUCCGCGCCCGGCAGUGAGUGCAGCUUCCCUUGAUGUAUGCAAUGGCUUCCAGCCACAGUUCUUCACCAGUGCCUCACUCCAACAACAGCAAAGCUUUCUAUAAAAAAGGUCUUGAAACUGCUCAGCAAGUUGGAUUGGUGAGAUCACUCCCUGAUGUUUGUCCCAAGGAGCCAAUGGGUGAUUCUAACAGUUUGUGUGACGAACCGUCUGUAGUUGCUGAUCAGCACAAGUGGACAAUUUACCAUUCCAAAGUUAACCUCCCCGCAGCAUUAAAUGACCCUCGGUUAGCAAAGAGGGAGUCUGACUUCUUCACUAAGACGUGGGGCCAAGACUUCGUAGAAACAGAAGUCAUGCCCUCCCCCUACCUCUUGCCCAUUACAAAGGAUCACUUUUCAAUGUAUACGGAGCAAAUUGCACUGAGAGAAAAAAGCCACGAGAAAUGGAAGACAAUAUGCCCUCCUAAAGACAAUUUUGACAGGACAGCUUUUACACAAUCACUUGCACACAAAUCCAGGGGAGAUCUGGAACAAGUACCUAAGAUUUUUUUGAAACCAGACUUUGCCUUGGAGGAUUCCUUAACGUUUAAUGCGGUUUUACCAUGGUCUCAUUUUAGCACGGCUGGGGGAAAAGGGAACAGAGAUGCAGCCUCCUCCAAAUUGCUUCAAGAAAAGUUGAGCCACUAUUUGGAUAUUAUCGAAGUGAACAUCGCUCACCAGAUCUCUUUACGGUCUGAUGCAUUUUUCCAUGCAAUGUCCUCCCAGCACGAACUGCAGGACUACCUCAGAAAAACCUCCCAGGCUGUGACAUUGCUGCGAGAUAAGAUAUCGCAGAUAGACAGAAUCAUGUGUGAAGGGUCAUUGCGAAUUCUGAGGCAAGCUCUGACUAGGAAUAACUGCACCAAGGUAUACAAGAAGCUCAAGCUAAUGGCUACAGUGCAUCAAACUCAGCCUACUGUACAACUACUGCUCUCAACCUCAGAAUAUGUUGGUGCAUUGGACUUAAUUGCAACAACACAAGAAGUUUUGCAACAAGAGUUACAGGGCAUUCAUAGCUUUCGGCACCUCGGCUCCCAGCUUUGUGAAUUGGAAAAGCUGAUUGACAAAAUGAUCAUCGCAGAGUUUACAUCUUAUGUUCGUAAUGAUCUAAACAGACCAUUGGACGAUGACUACCACGUAAUAGAAGAGGAGAGACUUGUAUCUUUGGUGUUUGGGUUGUUAAAGCAGCGGAAGCUAAAUUUCUAUGAAAUCUACUACGGUGAAAUGAUAACUACAGCAAAGAACAUAAUUAAGCAGUGUGUGGUGAGCACCAUAUCACAGAUUGAUGAAAUUGAUCCUGAAGUUGUAACUAAGCUUCCUGAUCAGAUGCGGAGGCUGAAUUUUUCUCACUGGUUUGAUUUGCUGAAGAAUAUAUUCUCUAAGUUUACAAUUUUCCUUCAAAGAGUCAAGGCAACAUUAACUGUAAUCCGAUGCGUUGUUCUGAUGGUCUUAGAUAAGAAUCAACGGAUCAGAGAAUUGGAGGUAAUGACAGCUCAGAAAAAUAUUGGGAGAGAAAGCAAUAUGGACAAUGAACUGGCUUACUUGACUCACGAAGGCUUGUUUAUAAGUGAUGCAUACAGUGAAGGUGAUCUUCCCCACGUGGCUACCAACACUAACUUUCAAAGGAAUGCUUCACCCAGCAGUAGCGAGCCUUCUGGCAGCGAUUCGGUAUCGGAUCCUGAAUGCACUACAGACUCCUCUUCCAGCAAAGAACACACACUGCCUUCAAUUACCCCAGGGGGAGUAGAGAUAAUAAUGAACGAAGAUAUGAAAUUAACAGACUUAGAACUUGGGAAAAUUGCGAACAACAUACAGGAGCUUAUAUACAAUGCAUCUGACAUUUGCCAUGACCGCUGUGUCAAGUUCCUGCUGUCAAGAGCUAAGGAAGGAUUUCUCGAAAGACUUAACUCCAGUGAGUUUGUGUCUUUGUCACGAACGGUCGAAGCCUUUGUGUUGGAAACCGAGAAGAUCUGCGGUAGAAGAAGUAUGUCCCUUCGAGGAGCCCUUCAAAGCCAAGCAAAUAAAUUCGUAAAUCGAUUCCACGAAGAAAGAAAAACAAAACUGAGCCUUCUCCUGGAUACCGAACGCUGGAAACCAGCAGACGUCCCUGCGGAAUUUCAGGACCUGGUAGAUUCUAUAACAGAUGGAAAAAUUAUUUUACCAGAAAAGAAAUCUCCAUAUGCUGAAGAAAGGAAGCCCACGGAUUUCCUUACAGUUGAUGGUCAGAAAUAUGCAGUAGUUGGCACAGUGCUCAUCUUGAUCAGGAUAAUUCUGGAAUAUUGCAGCUGCAUAGAUGACAUCCCUUCUAUAACAACAGACAUGCUUACUCGUCUGUCAGAGCUAUUAAAGUACUUCAAUUCUCGGAGCUGCCAGUUAGUUCUCGGAGCGGGAGCAUUGCAAGUUGUUGGAUUGAAGACUAUCAGCACAAAAACCUUAGGUCUCUCAUCUCGUUGUCUGCAACUGAUCGUACACUACAUUCCUGUCAUUAGGACCCAUUUUGAAGCUCGAAUGCAGCCUAAGCAAUAUAGCAUGCUUCGACAGUUUGACCACAUUACAAAGGACUACAAUGACCACAUAGCAGAGAUCUCUGCAAAACUGGUUUCAAUAAUGGAUGGCUUGUUUGACAAGCUUCUCUCAAAGUAUGAGGUAAAGGCCCCAGUUCCUUCGAUGUGCUUUAGAACUAUCUGCAAGCAAAUGGCAAAAAUGCACGAAGCUAUUUAUGAUGUUCUCCCGGAAGAACAAACUCGUGCUCUAUUCCUAAGAAUAAACUCAAGCUGUAGACUUCAUUUAAAGAGUCAGCUGUGCCAUUUAAAUGUCACAAACGACGGAGGACCACAGCAUGGAAUGGUGGCAGCAGACAUUGCAUUUUACACUGGAAAUGUGCAGGCUUUGAAAGGUCUUAAAGAUCUGGAUCUGGGCAUGGCCGAAAUUUGGGAGCAGAAGAGGUGAUUACGAAGAUAAUCAUUGUAAUACAGACACUUUAUACAAGAGAACUGGAUAUCUUGAAGUUAGGACCUUGGGAUUCCAAAGUGCAAGGCAGUAUAAAGCGCAUGUGGAGACUGGACUCACCUUGACUGUUGGUGAUAUCCCUUCUUGGUGACCUUCCACGGACUUCAAAUGAUUUGCUAAACUGUACAUUUUAUACAUUUUAUUUUCCUCUGAAACAGGCUCAGGUUACUUUGGACCAAAUCCAAACAAAUGCAUGGCUGUAACACAGCUUUCCUUACGUCAGAUACCUAUACAGCGUUGUAUUUUAAAGAAACUAAAUGCUCUUUUUCUUCGAUUUGGAGCAAUGACUUUGCAUACUUUUCCUUCUAAUAUAAUGAUGGUACAAAUUACUUAUGGUGAAAAUAUAAAAAUGUAAAGGAUAGUGUUGUGGACAGAAGAAGAAGUAUUUUUUUACAUAUCUUGCAAGAAAAUCUUUUGGGUCUCUGUACAUACAAUGAUAAUUGUACAGUGUUCGUCUUAAAAUUAAUGGAAUAAACCCUUUGGGUUAGGAGACUGUAAAAUGACAAUGUAUCCAUGCCUUGCCGAGUCCGAACGGUUUAAAAGAUGUCUCAGUUUCCUGCUCACUCCUAACAAGUCCCUGUACAAAGUAUGGCUUCCGAUUCCGUACUUCUGUUUACUUGACUUUUGAGCUAGAUAGAGGCCGCAGCCCCAGAUAAAUCUCUUCAUCCCACAAGGAUGUAGCUCAGAUUCACAGGAGGACUACGAUUGUGUUAUCCAUGUAGCUAUCGGUGCUUUGAUUAAUUAGGAACGAUUGAAUAGUUUGGGGACAAUGCUGUAAAACUGUUGGUCUUUUCAAUCAGUAUUUUUGUACAUUCUUAUUUUAAAUUAAGGUAUUUUUGCCUUUACUAUACAUAGCAGAGCAUAAGUAUUUAUUUGCAGUAUCUGCUAUGGAUGUUGAUAUUUUCUGAUUGCGUUUUUAAGUAAAGUUGACUUCAAUAAUUUUUGACCUACUAUUUUUUGCUUCUUUUAAAAAUAAUUUCUAGUUGUCAGAUAGUGGGGUUAUAUCUAUAUAUUUCA